AUGGCGGAAGAAGAUUCCACCAUCGAAUCGCCACAUUCUCUCAAAUACAAAAUCAAAUCAUCGCUUUGUUUCUCGUGCUGUUUCUCUCACCACCGUGUGAAACCGAGAAUCGUUCGAAGCUCCUCGCUUCGAACUCACAACCGCAAUUACAAUCAAAACAACUCUCGCUUAACGGAUUUCCCGCAUUUAAAGGAGAUGUGCAGCAAUUUCAUCUCCCGGAUCACUCAUCACCGCCGCCGUCAUUCCGCCGAUUUUCACUACGACGCUCUCAGUUACGCGUUGAAUUUCGAAGACGACGCUAACGACGAUAAAUCCGUUAACGAUCUCACUAGUUUCUCGGCGAGGUUACCUGCUUCUCCGCCGUCAAACGUAUCUCGGAAUUCCGCGAAAUCAGCACUCAUCCCUACCGUUGAAAUCGCCGCUCGUAGUUGA